CAAAAAGCGAUCGAACUCGAUCCAUCUCGUUCGUCAUUCGACUGCUAUACUCACUAAACCUGAAAGCCGCCCUUCAAAGCAAAGGAGAACACAGAAGUAGAGCUAUCAAAAGAGGAUAUCUUCGUCUGUGUAGUGACGGUCUUGGGGAUGCCGUAGAAAACACGCCAAGCACAUGGAAUUCCCCCAGAUUCGCGAGACCCACCAAAGCCAGGCAACAUAAAGUUGUCGGAUACAAAUCACAACCACCAUCGGCUCCAGUUUAUAUCAACUCCGUCAUGUUUUAAAACAUUCUUGUUCUUCUCUAUUAUGGGCAUCCCCAUGGACGAUAACAUUCAUACCCCCACUUUACCCUCCGGGCCUACUACGUCCGGAGGGGCUCCCCGCGAUCUGUCGAAGCUCACCAUUAUCGAACUGACGCAAGAGAAAGAGCGGAUCGAAGAGGAACUGUCAGCACUGAGCAGUGUUCUGAGCUCUCAUGGAGUCCACAUGAACACCACGUUGACAACCUUCGAUGGCUACCCUCGCGAUGAUGUCGAUAUCGCCCAGAUACGAACGACGCGAACACGAAUAAUUCGCCUCCGAAACGAUCACAAAGAUGUCAUGGCACAUCUCGAAAAGGGUCUCCAUGAUCAUUUCGCAAACCUCCAGCGCGCACAGGAUGCUUCUACAACUACCAACAAUGCGGGAACACCUAUGGCACUACGUACAGCGACGGGUGAUAACAGUUUGUCGGAUGCUGGCUUGUUAGGAACACCGUUCGCAAAGGUCAACAGCGUUGUGCCCGGGAGCCCAGCGGAUCAGGCUGGUUUGAAGGCUGGUGAUACUGUUCGAAACUUUGGAGGAGUGAACUGGAUGAACCACGAACGUCUUUCCAAGGUCGCAGAGACUGUUCAACGGAACGAAGGGCGUACCCUUGUAGUCAAAAUUGCAAGGAAAGAUGGCUCAGGCCAAACCACAGAGCUGGACCUGCAACUUGUUCCGCGCCUUAAUUGGGGCGGUCGUGGCAUGUUGGGCUGCCAUCUUGUUCCAUUGUGAUAGGGUGUCAGCGUGGGAGGCUUAUUACUCGAAGAAGAAACCCCCAGAAGGAAAACAUCGUUAUAUCCAUGCAAGGAAUGUAGAAUUUAUGAGUUUAUUUUACGAGGAAUGCGACACGGUUUCUCAUGAUGGUUUCGCUUUAUUGUUUAC